GCGGCGGCUCAGAAAGAAGAAGAAGGAGGAGGAGGAGGAGGAGAAGGAAGAGCAGCGGAGGAGGGUGGGAGUGAGUUUUUUUUCCCCCUCCCUCCCUCCCACCCGCCCCACGCGAGUUUUCAGCCAUGAAUCCCAAUUGUGCCCGCUGCGGGAAGAUCGUGUAUCCCACGGAGAAGGUGAACUGCUUGGACAAGUUCUGGCACAAAGCAUGUUUCCACUGCGAGACCUGCAAGAUGACCCUGAACAUGAAGAACUACAAGGGCUACGAGAAGAAGCCGUAUUGCAACGCACACUACCCGAAGCAAUCCUUCACCAUGGUGGCAGAUACCCCCGAGAACCUGCGCCUAAAGCAGCAGAGUGAGCUCCAGAGCCAGAUUCGCUACAAGGAGGAGUUUGAGAAGAACAAGGGCAAAGGCUUCAGCGUGGUGGCCGACACCCCGGAGCUGCAGAGGAUCAAAAAGACUCAGGAUCAGAUCAGCAACAUCAAAUACCACGAAGAGUUCGAGCGCAGCAGGAUGGGCCCGAGCCCCAGCGAGGGCUCGGAGCCGGAGCGCAGGAAUUCCCAGGAGAGCUCCGCUUACCGGAGACCCGCCGAGCAGCAGCACCAGCAGCCGUCCCACCACGUCCAGCCCACCAACCCAGGGUACCAGCAGCAGCCGCUGCCAUCCCAACCCUACGGAUACAAGGAGCCAGCGGCACCGGCGUCCACGCAGCGCAACGCCCCGUCUGCAGGGGGGAAGCGUUUCCGCGCCGUCUACGACUACAACGCGGCGGACGAGGACGAGGUGUCCUUCCAGGACGGCGACACCAUCAUCAACGUGCAGCAGAUCGACGACGGGUGGAUGUACGGCACCGUGGAGCGCACGGGGGACACGGGCAUGCUCCCGGCCAACUACGUGGAGGCCAUCUGAGCCCGUGGGGAGGGGGUCCAGCCCAGCCCCCAGCCCGGGGCUGUCCCCCCCGUGUGUGUGUGUGUGAGUCCCUCUGCCCCAGCGUUCCCUCUCCGCGUGCUCCGGUGCCUCCGGACAUCCCGGCUCCCGUGUCUG